UCUCGACGAGGAGACAAGAAUGCAAUCGAAGGACGCGGAAAUAACAAAGCAGCGAAAAGUAAUACGAGAUCUUCAGCGGCGCCUGGCUGCUGCUGAAGCCGCAGUAAAAGCCGGAGAAGGAACGAGUCGAAACGAAUCGAGAGAAAUGCCACAAGUAACCACACCACCAAAGUUCAAAGAACAGUCCGAAGAGACAGAUAACAAGGAGAACGAAAGACCUAGACGUUGGAUGAAGAGCAAGUACGGACGAGGAGGUUGGCGUAGACGCGGAGGAGAAUGGCCUGGACGCGGACGUGGACGUGAUAAAGUUUAUCAUGUAACAUUUUAUUAGACAGUUAAGGAGAGAUGAUGUGCCAUAAAGUAUUAAUACACAUUUAUCCUUUCACUGAUCGGAUAUGUUUUCUACGGAGUCCUUUUUAUGGUAAGUUACGCAUAGGACGUUAACAUUUUAUAUUAUUUUAUUAUUAACGUUUAUAAAAAGAAAAUUAUUUAUAUGUUCACAGC